AUGUAUUACAGCGAUCAUCUAGCCCUUGCGGAGAAGGAGAUUACUUCUCGUAAUUUAUGUUGUUUGGUUGAUACCGCCGUUAUGUUGUACGAAGAAGAACUCCUCCGUAAAGGAAAAUCCAAAUGCCACACGAAGACGAAGAGUACUCUCUCUGCAAAAGAAGAAGAAAGCGACAAGAGAAUCUUCCAUCUCUUCCCGAGAAAAACAAGAACUUCGGUCUUUACCAGAAGAAACUCACAACAAAAUCUUAAUGUGGCUUCUUCUUCAUCAUCGUUUCUUCUCGACCUUACCACGAUCCCGGCUGAUUUGAAGACGAGAAACCCACAAAACCCUAAUGGAGCUUCUUCUUCUUCUUCAUCGUUUCUCGAAAAUUACAAGAUCAUGGCUGAGUCGAAGAAGAAGACUGAGAUAAGAAACCAACGAAACCCUAAUUCACAGUCGUCUCUGUCUUCAUGCCUAACAGAGAACAAAAGCCGCAAGAGACCUGCCACACAAGAUACUAAGCGUUGUGGUAAAUCCAUGAAAGCAAAGGUUGAAACUUUUUCAUGGAAAGAGAGAGAGACUCCUGAGUGGCUAACCCUGUUGAUGAACGACACGAACGAAGCUGUACUUAAAUGGGGAGAGAGAACCGACUUGAGGCUGAUCUUUGAGAAGACUCUGUUCAAAACAGAUGUCAACCCUGGGGAAAGCCGUCUCUCGAUGCCUUUCAACGAGCUAAUCCGAAAAGACUUCUUGACCCCUGUCGAGUUGAGAAUCAUAGAAGAAGACAUCAACAGUGACAAGAAGAUGGGAAUUGGAGCGAUUCUGGUGGAUCAACGGAAUGUAAAGUGGGGUGUGAUGUUGAAAAGAUGGGAGAUGAAGAAAGAUUCAGGGAGAGGAAGCUGGAAUUACGCUUUGACUUGCGGGUGGAAUGAUAUCGUCAAGGCUAAUGGAUUGAAACAAGGAGACAUCAUCAGUGUUUGGUCGUUCAGGUGGGGUGGUCUCCUCUGUUUUGCUCUUGUGACUCCUCCUCCUUCCAUUGGUCUCUCUCUCUGA